AUGCUUAAGUUCUAGCUAUGCAUACGCCUUGAAUGCACCAAAGUUUCCUCUUCCUAUAUAAGCUGGCCAGUGGGUUGAAACAAUAUCAGUUAUCCAAAAACUUUCAGUACAGUUUCAAUACAUAAAAUAUUGCUCUCUAAAUUACAAUGUUUGCCAAGACGAUCAUCCUCUGCACCGUGGUCGCUGCUGCAGCAGCCAUUACUCCAGGAUACUUGGAUGGUGCUUUGGCCCUUGGAGCCCAAUCUGAACACACCGUCCGAGGAUUUGCAGGACUUAGCUCUGUCUCCAAACAAGCCAAGGCGAUUGAUUCUCCCUACUCUUCCGUUCGAAAAACCGAUAUCCGAGUUACCAACGAUGGUGCCUAUGGAUAUGCCGCUCCAGCUUUCGGAUAUGCCUCCCCCGCGCUUGCCCAUCAUGGGUAUGCUGCCCCCGCUCUUGCGCACCACGGAUAUGCCGCUCCCGCUCUUGCCCAUCACGGAUAUGCCGCUCCCGCUCUUGCCCACCACGGAUACGCCGCUCCAGCGCUUGCGCAUCAUCAUGGAUAUGCUGCUCCCGCUCUUGGUCACCCGGUGGCUCAUGGUUUGGGUGUAGCUUAUUCUCCAGCAACCGCUGUUGCAACUUCAACUUUCUCUGGAUACGGAAUCCACUACGGGUAUUAAUUAACCUGAUAACCCACUUAGUCAAUCAACCCUCAAAAUUUCACCUUAAUGUUUCACGAACUUGUCCAUUUUAAAUUAUUGAAUUUUAAAUGUAAAUAAUUAUUUUAUCAAUUUGAUAGUAGCAUUACGAAAAUAAAAAUGGCUUACAGUUGUUUAACUGGUGCAUUGUCCACCUA